CCUUCGUUCGUCUGGGCGGCGGCGGCGGCAACUGGGGACGGGGCGGGUGGCGCAUCACGGGCGCGGAGGCAGGAGGAGCAGUCUCAUUGUUCCGGGAGCCGUCGCCACUGCAGGUCCCUCGACUCGGUUGGCCCGGCCCCUCUUAGUACUCCCCAACCCCCACACAACCGCCUGCGGCUCUGAGGAGAAGCGGUCCCGGCAGCGGCAGCGGCAGCAGCAGCAGCUGCAGCAUCAUUUCUGACCCGCCCGCCAUGGAAGACAUGGACCAGUCGCCUCUGGUCUCCUCGUCCGCGGACAGCCCUCCCCGGCCUCAGCCCGCGUUCAAGUACCAGUUCGUGAGGGAGCCCGAGGACGAGGAGGAAGAGGACGAAGAGGAAGAGGAGGACGAGGACGAAGACCUGGAGGAGCUGGAGGUACUCGAGAGGAAGCCCGCCGCCGGGCUGUCUGCGGCCCCGGUGUCCCCCGCCCCCGCAGCGCCCCCGCUGGACUUCGUGGCCCCUGCGCCCAGGGGGCCCCUGCCGGCCGCGCCCCCCGCUGCACCCGAGCGGCAGACGUCUUGGGACCCGAGUCCCGCAUCGUCGACGGCGCCCGCGCCAUCCCUUCCGUCCGCUGCCGCAGUCUCGCCCUCCAAACUCCGAGAGGACGACGAGCCUCCGGCGCGGCCUCCUCCUCCUCCCCCGGCCGGCGUGAGUCCCCAGGCCGAGCCCGCGUGGACCCCGCCCGCCCCGGCCCCUGCCGCGCCCCCCUCCACCCCGGCCGCGCCCAAGCGCAGGGGCUCCUCAGGCUCUGUGGAUGAGACCCUUUUUGCUCUUCCUGCUGCAUCUGAGCCUGUGAUACACUCCUCUGCAGACAAAAUUAUGGAUUUGAAGGAGCAGCCAGGUAACACUGUUUCGGCUGGUCAAGAGGAUUUCCCAUCUGUCCUGCUUGAAACUGCUGCUUCUCUUCCUUCUCUAUCUCCUCUCUCAACUGCUUCUUUUAAAGAACAUGAAUACCUUGGUAAUUUACCAGCAGUAUCACCAGCAGCAGGAACACUUCAAGAAACUUUAAAUGAAGCAUCUAAAGAGUUCUCAGAGAAGGCAAAAAAUCCAUUUGUAGAUAAAGAUUUAACAGAGUUUUCAGAAUUAGAAUACUCAGAAAUGGGUUCAUCCUUCAGUGGCUCUCCAAAAGCAGAAUCUGCCAUACUAGUAGAAAACUCUAAGGAAGAAAUAGUUGUGAAGAGUAAAGAUGAAGAGGAGGAUUUAAUUAGUAACGUCAUCCUUCAUAAUCAACAAGAAUCACCUAUAUCCCUUUCUAAAUUGGUUAAAGAAGAGGACAAAGUUAUGUCUCCAGAAAAAACAAAGGACAGUUUUAACGAAAUGGAAGUUGGAGUAGAAGCACCUAUGAGGGAGGAAUACGCAGACUUCAAACCAUUUGAGCGAGUAUGGGAAGUGAAAGAUACUUAUAAGAAAGACAGUGAUGUGUUGGCUGGUCAAGGUAAUAUAGAGAGCAAUUUGGAACAUAAAGUGGAUAAGAAAUGGUUUCCAGAUAGCCUUGAGCAGACAAAUCAUGAAAAAGAUAGUGAAAGCAGUAAUGAUGAUGCUUCUUUUCCCAGUACACCAGAAGCUGUAAAAGACAAUUCAAGAGCAUAUAUCACAUGUACUCCCUUUGACCCAAAAGCAACAGAAAGCAUUGCAACAAACAUUUUUCCUUCAUUAGAAGAUCAUACUUCAGAAAAUAAGACGGAUGAAAAAAAAAUAGAAGAAAAGAAGGCCCAAAUUGUAACAGAGAAGAAAACGAGCACCCAAACAUCAAAUCCUUUUCUUGUAGCAUCACAGGAUUCUGAGACAGAUUAUGUCACAACAGAUAAUUUAUUAAAGAUGACCGAGGAAGUAGUGGCAAACAUGACUGAAGGUCUAACCCCAGAUUUAGUACAGGAAGCAUGUGAAAGUGAAUUGAAUGAAGCUACAGGUACAAAACUUGCUUAUGAAACAAAAAUGGACUUGGUUCAAACAUCGGAAGCCCUGCAGGACUCACUGUACCCUGUAACACAGCUUUGCCCAUCAUUUGAAGAAUCUGAAGCAACUCCUUCACCAGUUUUGCCUGACAUUGUAAUGGAAGCACCAUUAAAUUCUGUAGUUCCUGGUGCUAGUGCUUCUGCAGUGCAGCCUAGUUCAUCACCAUUAGAAGCUCCUCCACUUAAUUACGACAGCAUAAAACUUGAGCCUGAAAAUCCCCCACCUUAUGAAGAGGCCAUGAAUGUAUCAGGAAUAAAGGAAGACAUUAAAGAACCUGAACAUAUUAAUGCAGUUGUUCAGGAAACAGAAGCUCCUUAUAUAUCUAUUGCAUGUGACUUAAUUAAAGAAACAAAACUCUCUACUGAACCAAGUCCAGAUUUCUCUAAUUAUUCAGAAAUGGUAAAAGCUGAAAAGCCAUUGCCUGAUCAUUCUGAGCUAGUUGAGGAUUCCUCCCCUGAUUCUGAACCAGUUGACUUAUUUAGUGAUGAUUCAAUACCUGAAGUUCCACAUAAACAAGAGGAAGCUGUGAUGCUCAUGAAAGAAAAUCUCACUGAAACUUCCUUUGAAUCAAUAAAAGAACAAGAAAAUAAGGAAAAACUCAGUGAUUUUCCUCCUGAGGGGGGAAAGCCAUAUUUGGAAUCUUUUCAGCCCAGUUUAGGUGCCAAAAAAGAUUCCCUGUUGCCUGAUGAAGUUUCAACAUUGACCAGAAAGGAGAAAAUUCCUUUGCAGAUGGAAGAGCUCAAUACUGCAGCUUAUUCAAAUGAUGAUUUAUUUAUUUCUAAGGAAGCAAAAAUAAGAGAAAGUGAAACAUUUUCAGAUUCAUCUCCAAUUGAGAUUAUAGAUGAAUUCCCUACAUUUGUCAGUUCUAAAACUAUUUCUAAAUUAGCCAGGGAAUACACUGACCUAGAAGUAUCCCACAAAAGUGAAGUUGCUAACGUCCAGGAUGGAGCUGGGUCAUUGCCUUGCACAGAAUUGCCCCAUGACCUUUCUUUUAAGAACAUACACACUCCUAAAGAUGAAGAUAAAAUGCAAGUCACAGAUGAGUCUGAUAUAUCAAAGGUGUCCGUACUGCCUCCAGAUGUUUCUGGUUUGACAACAGAGAUAGGCAGUAUAGUUGAACCCAAAGUUUUUAUGAAAGAAGCUGAGGAAAAACUUCCUUCUGAUACAGAAAAAGAGGACAGAUCACCAUCUGCUAUCUUUUCAGCAGAGCUGAGUAAAACUUCAGUUGUUGACCUCCUCUACUGGAGAGACAUUAAGAAGACUGGAGUAGUGUUUGGUGCCAGCUUAUUCCUGCUGCUUUCAUUGACAGUAUUCAGCAUUGUGAGUGUAACAGCCUACAUUGCCUUGGCCCUGCUCUCUGUGACUAUCAGCUUUAGGAUAUAUAAGGGUGUGAUCCAAGCUAUCCAGAAAUCAGAUGAAGGCCACCCAUUCAGGGCUUAUUUGGAAUCUGAUGUUGCUAUAUCUGAGGAAUUGAUUCAGAAAUACAGUAAUUCUGCUCUUGGUCAUGUGAACUGCACGAUAAAAGAACUUAGACGCCUCUUCUUAGUUGAUGAUUUAGUUGAUUCUCUAAAGUUUGCAGUGUUGAUGUGGGUAUUUACCUAUGUUGGUGCCUUGUUCAAUGGUCUGACACUACUGAUUUUGGCUCUGAUUUCACUCUUCAGCGUUCCUGUUAUUUACGAACGGCAUCAGGCACAAAUAGAUCACUAUCUAGGACUUGCAUAUAAGAAUGUUAAAGAUGCUAUGGCUAAAAUCCAAGCAAAAAUUCCUGGAUUGAAGCGCAAAGCUGAAUGAAAAAGCCCAAAACAAUUAACAGUAGUUCAUCUUUAAAGGGGAUAUUCUUUUGAUUACAUGGGGGAGGGUCAGGGAAGAAUGAAACCUUGACAUAGCAGUGCAGUUUCACAGAUCUUUAUUUUUAGCAAUGCACUGUUUGAGGAAAAAUUACCUGUCUUGACUGCCAUGUGUUCAUCAUCUUAAAUAUUGUAAGCUGCUAUGUAUGGAUUUAAAUUGUAAUCAUAUUUGUUUUUCCUAUAUGAGGCACUGGUGAAUAAAAAGUAAUCUGAGAAAACUGUAUAUUACACUUUGUUGCAGGUAGUCUUGCUGUAUUUGGGGGAAGUUGCAGAGAAGGUGGAGCAAGAAUAAAACCCCUUUUCACAGUUUGUGCACUGUGUAUGGUUGUGUAGAUUGAUGCAGAUUUUCUGAAAUAAAAUGUUUAGAUGAGAUCAUACCACUAAAGCAGGAUUGAAAAAGCUUUGCCUUUUUGGUAUGUUCUAGGUGUAUUGUGAAUUUUACUGUUAUAUUAAUUGCCAAUAUAAGUAAAUAUAGUUUAUAUAUAUCUAUAUAUAGUGUUUCACAAAGCUUAGACCUUUACCUUCCGGCUGCCCCACAAUGUGCUUGAUAUUUCAGUCAUUGGUUAUACAUGUGUAGUUUCAAAGCACUUAAGCUAGAAAAAGAAUAUAUUUCUAGGAGCACUACCAUCUGUUUUCAUCUUGAAACAAUGCCACAUACAUAGAACUCCAAAAUAAAAUUUCAUUGCACAAAACUUACUGUAGUUAAUUUUGUCACAAACUCUGGGUCUAUAUGGACUGAAUCUAAUGCUUCCAAAAAUGUUGUUUGCAAAUAUCAAACAUUGUUAUGCAAGAAAUUAUAAAUUGAAGACUUACACCAUUGUGGUUUAAGCUGUACUGAACUAAAUCUGUGGAAUGCAUUGUGAACUGUAAAAGCAAAGUAUCAAUAAAGCUUAUAGACUUAAAA